AUGUAUCUACAUAUAGCGCUCGAAAAUGUUGACAACAUGGAAUGCUAUGGUGUGGUUGAGAUUGGAACCCCUAAACAAAAGCUCCCCGUCCUUCUUGACACGGGCUCUGAUACAUUCUGGGUCUCUGGAGUGUCCACAACACUUCCUGAUGGAUCUCCUUUAUCAAAUGUCUCAACUAGAGGGCCUUUAUUUGAUCCUUCCAGCUCUUUGUCUUAUAAACCGGGCUCAAAAUAUUUUGAGCAAUCAUACGGAGAUAAUUCUGUGGCAACAGGAGUAGAAGUAAGAGAUUCCGUCACACUUGGAUCCUAUUGUUCCAAAAAACAACCCUUUGGCCUUGUGAAUAACACUACUCCGAGGAUCUUCUCAGGAGACACGUCAGGUGUGAUGGGAAUGGCAUUUAAGCGGCCUGAUAAGUCAUCACCCUUUUGCUCUUCACCUGACCGUACUCAACCAGGUGGUAUCUUAACACUAGGAGGUCUUAAUAGUUUAUUAAUUUCUGGAGAGGUGAAUUACAUAAAUGUUACCAAGAAAGAUUAUUGGCAGAUUACUGUUGAUCAUGUCACAGUUAACGGGGUUCGUAUCAGAAAGUCUAUUGUUAACCAAGGUUUUAUAGACACCGGUCAUCCCCUAAUACAGGCUCCAAAGGCCGUCGUGGAGGCCGUAUAUGCUCGCAUCUCUGGAGCAGAAAAUGUGGAAGGAUGGUUUUACAUACCAUGCGAUUCAAACGUAUCCUUUGGGAUGAAUUUGGGUGGACAGUCUUACGAAAUCCCUCCGGCUGACUUCAUCACACAGGAGGACAGUAACAAACGUAACGGUCUAUGCCGUGGGCAAGUAGUAGGGUCAGAUAAUUACCCUACUUGGAUAAUGGGCUCAUUAUUUAUUCGAAACUUCUAUACGGUCUUCAACGCUAGCAAGCCUGCAAGGGUUGGGUUCGCAAAACCGGCCAAUAACUACCAAUCUUUGCUAGGAGGCUCUCCUAUGUGA